CCACGCCCAGGUCUGCACAGAGACCUAACGUCCACACAGUCGGCGGCGCCCUCCCGGAAGAGGUCAGUGUGGGGUUCGGAGAGUGAGUGAGUGAGGUCCUACAGCAGGACGGCCUGCGGCUCAAGUUGUAUUUUUCCCUUCUGAGAGAACCAGUGGAUUGAGGUGCUGAAUGAUCAAAUGUUGCAAAGCUGAGGACAUGUGGUAGAAGUAACUUUAAAUGUUAUUACUUAGCAGAAAGCUUAUAAAGGCAGCUUUGAUUAAAGAUGACGUCCCUGUUUGCUCAAGAAAUUCGCCUUUCUAAAAGACAUGAAGACAUAGUAUCACAAAGAUUAAUGUUACUUCAACAAAUGGAGAAUAAACUUGGAGAUCAAAACAAGGAAAAGACCCCUCAGAUGCAAACAGCUGAGACUGCUUUACAAAGGAACCUUAGUCUUUUAAAGGAUAUAGAAGCGGCAGAGAAGUCUCUACAGACCCAGAAUCAUCCAGUUCCACCGCCUGAGGUGGCUUCUCUUGAGACUCUUUACUGGGCAUCAGUAGAAGAAUAUAUUCCCAAAUGGGAACAGUUUCUUUUAGGAAGAGCACCCUAUCCUAUUGGUGUUGAAAAUCCAAAUGAAGCAGAAGAUACCAUUCAAAAGGAGGUGCAGCAAUAGCUUCUUCACAUACUAUUUGAAAAACCUAUUUAGGAAAGCUGAGUGUUAAAGAAUAUGCAGAUCACUGCAGGAACUUUAGGAAUCAGACAUGUUCACAUUGUCUCAUUACUUCCUCAAUGACAAUGAAGAUUUGAGAAUCUACUUGGAACUUUCAGGCCAUCACUGGGAGACCUACUACUCUUUCAGUGUCAUGAAUUUGCUUUCUACCAAACCCAUGGAAGUCUUAAAAACUGAUACUGAAAGGUGGACUGUUGAUUAAAAAAGCUGCUAAAUGAGUGUUGUGUGCCGUUAAAAAAAAAAAAAAAAAAAAAGUCAUUUACUGUCACUAUCACCUAAACAGUGAAUACCAGUAGUUCUGAUUUUACAUCUUCUAUAAUCUUUACUUUUCAGUUAUUUUGUUAUGGGGAUAAGGCUCAGGAUCCAAGUGGUUGUUUGCUCACUCUUUUAGCUUUCUAACAAAUGAAAAGACAGUGACAGUCGCUUAGUAUAAUAAUAUUGAUCAGGAAAUAGAUUCAUAGGAUUUUGUCCCUCAUAGAUCACUGGACCUGUAAAAAUUCUCGAAGCAAGAACUAAACUACCAAGCAUUCAAUAAGUAGCCAGUUUCAGGAGGGCUCAGACUGGGUUCUGAAAAAGGACACCUAUUAGAGCUGGGAAUGGUCGCUGGAUUUUGACCUGGUUAUUUAAAGAUUGCCAACCCUGUGAACACAAGUAACUCUUCUCUCAUCUUUUCAUCUUUAAAUCUAUCCUUCCCUGUCCCUUCUAUUUUCUUUAUUUCUCAAACAACUGUCAGUCAGAAACUUUUGGGCCACAACCCUCAAUAGCUUUGGGAUUCCUCAAUCCACCACUGCUGGAGUGCUCAAAAAAAAAAUUCUGAUUUUUCUAAUUAUAAAAGCAGCUCCUGCUUACGAGUCCACAUCACAAUGAAAGAUUUUCAAUUUUAAACUGGUUUGUGGUUUUAUAAGACGACAAUAGGACAAGCUAAAAAAAAAAAAGUCCAUUGUGCUGAUAAGUUCCUUUAAACUACCAUCUUGGAAAUAUCCUGUUGAGUGGGUGUUGGUGUGGGUAACAAUAAUGUUGUUUUCAUAGCAUGUGCUGGCAGAUGAGCACACUUCUCUACAGUGUUAACAGUUGUAAUUAAGGAAUAAACAGCACAGAGUGUCAGUCCGAUGACAAUUUCAUCUAUAGUGUCACAAUACAAAAUGUCACAAAAUAUUAGAACUGUUAUAUAACUAUAAAAAGGAUUGGCUUAAAAGCCAAAAGCGCUUUAAAAAGGAAGACAGAGAAAGAAAGAAAAAAGAAAACUGGCAUAGGGACCAAAACCGUUUUAUACCUUCUCAAGACUGUUCUGUCACGAAAAUAAAUUGAUAUAUUUUUUUUUCUCCUGUUACAUUACAGUUUGGUUUCUAGCCAUCCAGUUGAUUUAGCAGGAGAAUGCAGGGCUUUUUAGCAGCUUUGAAUUGGUAAACAGAUUUAGAUGUAGUAGAGAGAACAUGAGGAAGUUUUUUUUUUUUUUUUUUUUUAACAUCCAAUCUUUCCCAGCAUAUGCACAUAAGAAGGUGAAUGAAGCGAUGUGAAACUUAUUUCUCUUUAGUCAAGUGAAAAAAAGGCUAAACAUUUGUUGAGAUGGUAAAAUAUUGUGUCAAGCAAGUAGGCAUAUUCCAAAAUUAAACAGUGGUUGAUACAUGAGCCGUCCUCAAAUAUUUGAGCAUUACGCUUCCUUUGAGUUCUGUAAAUUAAAGCACCAGUAGGUUAGAUUAAAAUACAAAAUGAAUAGCAAUUUAACCAUCUCAGGAAAGGUUCAGGUUUUUUUCUCCCCUAAAUUGACUAACUUGCUAAAUCUUAUUUUUUUUUAAACCCUUAAGUUUAAUGUAACCUGGCUUAUGAUUUAGGGCAGAAGGGAAGCUAUUUCUAGGCUUCAGUUGUACCAUUUCCCCCAUUUCUAGUUAGUACCUCAAAAACUCCCAGAGGGGACUUUAUUCCUGGCCCACCCAGAGUUUUCCCCCAGCCCCCUUCUUGUAGAAUGGAACAGAUUGCACCACAUGGUGUAUGUUUAAAGAAAAAAACAAUCCCGAAGAGACCUAGAUACCCCAUUGAAGGGCAUUAUAUUCCUCAUGGCAAAUUAGCUUUACGUAGGAAUUUCCAAAUAUUGUUUUCUGUAAGGAGGAGAGAAAUACAGUAUCUAAUGUACAUUUUGUACAUAAUUAGUAGGAAUCAGACAACGAGAAAGAAAUGUCAUCUACUGAGACUUUUUCCUCCCUAUUCAGUGCCCUUACCAUACACUACAUUGUACCCACUAAUCUUUAUGAAAACUAUGAAUUUGUUUUUUGUUUUUUUUAGAAUAACGGGGUUUUCAAAAUAAACCCUGUUCCAAGAAUUUUUCAUAGCCUUUCUUGGAUUGUUGCAAAUGCAUACAUAUUCAAAGAUCAUUUUCUGCUGAACACUUCUUGUGUAUGAUAUUGAGUAUUAUUAAACCAUAAAAUGCUAAAGUUCAGAAGGAGCUGCAGUUUUUCUCUGAACUUCAAAAAAUUAAUUUUACUAAGUACUCAGGAAAAAGCCCAAUACUCUUGAAACCAGACAUCUGGUCUUUCCCAUGCGUAGGGAGCAGUGUGAAUGGAAGUGAUGUCAAACGGACAGUUUUUCUCUGCCUUAUGUAUAAGGUGUUUUAACUUGCUAGCUUAAGACUUAGAUGAGAAUUAAAAUGAUCUUUAACUGUA